UUUUUUUUAUUUUGAUCCCUGGGGCUUGAAUCUCUUUUUAGGACUGUUUUUGUUAUUAUUUAUUUUAUUUGUUUGGUUUUUGCUCAGGACUAGGUGUAUUUGACUGCAUACUGUCAGAUAUGCACAAACUUCCUUGGCAGAUAUACAAAAGAGCUGUGUCACUGCAAACUCACUGUGUGAGUCUUGGAUCCCAGACUUUAUAUGAAGUCUAGGAAAACAUAUUUCCCUUCUCUACUAAGAAAAAAAAAUCUGUUUCUUCAGCAUUGAGUUUUCCUCAUACACUCAUACACUUUUUUUCAUAUUUUUCAUAUUUUAAAUAUUUCUCUGGUUUCCAUUUUUUGGGUUUUUUUUUUUACUAUAAUUCUAUUGCAGUUAUCACCAAUAUUGUUUCCUCUUAGAAAUUAUUAUGAUUUUUAGAAAGAAGAUGAAGAGAAGAAGGAAGAUUUGAGGAUACAUCUUCAGAUAACCCCAAUAUUGUUUCCUCUUAGAAAUUAUUAUGGUUCUUAGAAAAAGGAUAAAGGGAAUGAGGGAAGACUUGAGGCAAUUAUGACAGGAUAAAAGAGAAACAGACCAAAAUCCAACUGAUGUUCCUUUCCCACUUUUCUUAGAGAGGAAAUGUGGAGUCAGAGAUAGUAAUGCACUGAAAUCAGAAAUCAAUCAGUCAAUCAACAAACAUUAUUCAAAGUCUACUAUGUUCCAAGUCCUACAUUGAACACUACAAAGGUAACAUAAACUGCAUUUUUAAAAAAAGUCACAUAAACUGAAAAGAUUUUUUUAAGUAGGGUAGUCAUAUUAAAAUCUAAGCAGUCAGUUGGUCAAUAAGCUUUUAUGUGACUUUUAUGCCACAUACUGUGCUAAACUCUAAGAAUUAAAAAAAAUACAAAACAUAGUUCCUGUCCUCAAGGAGCUCAUAAUAUAAAAGAGGAGAUAAGGUGCCAAUGCCUUUGUACAAACAGCAUAUAUAAAGGAUAAAUAGUAAAUAAUCAACAAAGGGCAGGCCUAGAAUUAAGAGGAAUGAAGAAACACCCUCAUAGAAGGAUCUUACCAAAAAAUAAAACCAAGGAGUUCUAAGAAGAAUACUUUCAGUUGAUCUGGUCCUAUCAUAUGUUCAUUUAAGUGUUUUGUUCUUAAUAAAAUUCUCUUGCAAGCAAAGAAAUAAAAUCUAAGAAGGUUAUAUUUUUUGUUGGAAAAAACUUUAUUAUUGGGCUAGGGGUGGUUUAUUAAAAGAUUUUUUAAAAAGCAAGAGUAAGUUAGCUAAAUGUUGGAAAUAUAGAAUACAAAACUUCAAAUGUGCUAUAGCCCUACUAAAAAUGAAAAAUUCUAAAAUCUUGAUACCAUGAUGAUUAAACCUCUCUUUAGAGUUGUCCUGUUUAUUUUUCCAAUGUCUGCUGCAGACUUCAACUCAAUGAAAAAAUUCUUAUUCCAAAAGAAAUCAUGUUUGCUAAGGACUUUCUUUCCAGUGACUUUCUGAGGUGACCGGCACAUGUAUUAUUACCUACUUUAAGUCAUUUUUCAAUCAUAUCUGACUCUUCAUGAUCCCUUUUGGGGUUUUCUUGGCAAAGAUGAUUUGCCAUUUCCUUCUCCAGCUCAUUUUACAAUUGAAGAAACUGAGGCAAAUAGGGUGAAAUAUUCCAGGGUCACACACAAAGUAAAUGUAUGAGAACCUAUUUGAACUAAAGACUUCUUGACUCCAGGUCUGGCACUCUAUCCACCAAACCACCUAGCUAACCUUAUCUCAUACUACUUCUCUUCAUUUUUCAGUCAAACUGGAUUACUCCUUUUCAUCUUUUUUUCCACAAGAGAAUUCCUUCUGCUACUUUCUUCUCCAUUCUUUUACUCAUGCUAUUCCCUGGGCUUGGAAUUGAUGUCUUUCCUUUUUCUGUCUCUUGAUGUCCCAAGGCCCUUCCUUCAAAGUCAAAGACAUUGAGUUCUUAAAGACUUUUCUGAUACUUUCCUCUCUCCAAGUGAAAUAAUCUAUUCCUCUUUAUUUUUCCUAUACUGUUUUGCCUGCUUACUUUGUCAAUAAGUGGAGGAGAAGUUGAAGGAAAGAACUAAACUUUUGUUUAAAUGUUAAAAAUAAGUAAAAUAGAUAGAUUAUAGUGCUUUGCCUGGGCUCUACUUUAUACUUAUUCAAAAGUAUCUCCUAAAAGAUUACUAAUUUUUUUGGCUUAGACCCUCACUCUCAAAUAAAAUUCCAAGGAAAUCUGAAUAAAAUUUAGGCCUGGUUUAUCAAAGUUUCCCUCAGGUGUAGAAAAAAGAAGAUCCUCAAGUUCUGAAUAGGAAGUUAAUCUAUAAUAUGAAUAUCAAGUACUAGACAGUCUUUAUUUCAACCACUACAGAAAAAAUCUGUAAUAUAAAAAGUACUCAUAGGUACCCAUGAACAAAGGCAGAAAUAGAAAGUGCCCAAAUAAUUCAUUAGAUUUUUUUCAGACUGCUCCACCCCUACUCACCCUAAUACCCAAGAAAAAGACACUUUGGAGUUACUUAGUAAACACACUCUACUGACCUUCCACUUGUUUAAGGUACACAGCCUAAUGUCUCAAGGCAACAUUAUAGCAAGGUUCAGACCUCUUGGCCUUCAUUAAGGUGGUUUUAGUCCUCCAAAUUCAGGGGGCUUAUUGAGAAUUCUCUUCUUUCUCCAACGCACAUUUAGUCAAGAGGCUAGUAUCCAGUUCUCUAAUUCAGGAACUUUCUUGCUUGUAAAUUUUAGAAUGGAGGAACCAUUUAGAUUAAGAUUAUCUACAAGGUCAUCACCAAAACUAAAAAUGUGCAUUCUCAGGAUUGUUCAUUUCUGACUUGUAGGGAAGAAGACAGCCAGGAAGUAGAGGCCCAAGGAGUGUUCUAUCAAAUCUAACUGGUCAAAUACAGACCACUCAUUUGUAAACAAGCAGGAAGAUGAAUUUGACCCUCACAAAGGGCUUGUGGUGAACCUCUUCCUCAAGCAAACAAUAACGGCUCAAUUCACCUGUUAGCUAAAAAGCAGAUUUGUUAAUAAAAGUUUUUCUUAGGAUAGUGGGCUCCUUCACUUAACACACUCCCCUUCUCAGCAAACUGAAUGCCUAUCCAAGGAAGGCAGCCUCAGACACUUGGAACAAAUAUUAGAUUCAAAUGGUAUACAGAAUUAUCUUCCUUCGUACCAUUUUCAUCCCUGUUCAGAAACCUACUCUCUAUUUCUUGUUCUAGCAAAUCCAAUUCAUUGACUAUGCCAUUUGAGAUCAUCAGCUGCACUUCCUUUCCCUUUUAUCUCCCCUCAAUUUCCAACUGUGGGCUUCCACUUAAGACAAUCUGCUCCCAUUCCGCCUCCAUCCCAUGCCAUGGUUCUUGCCUUCCUCUUUUCCAUCCCAUCCACUCUACACUUCAAGUAGGGUUGCCCUUGCCUUCUCUCCUAGACAGCUCAAACCCAGUUCAAAAUUCCUUCCCCCCAUGACUAACUCCAGUCUGCUUUCAACAUUCCAUUGUUGUUUUUAUUAUUAUUGAAGAUGGAAGAUAUUUUGAGAAUCAUCAGCAAAGGACAGACAAUAGUUUGCAACUUCCUAAAUUAAUCCCAUCCUUGGGCCCCACCUCCUCUACCCCAAAAAUAACAGGAGGGGCCAGCCUUUUCUUUAAUAGAUGAAAAAAACUGAAGCCAAAAAAAAGUGAUUUUUCUGAAGGUCAAUAACCAGCUCAAACCUUGGUCUUCUUUGCAAAUCCAUUAUCUUUCUAUUAUUAUUGAUUAAGCUAUGGGGCAGUAAUCAAAGAUGGGGGGGAAAAAGGUUCUUCCAUGAAAUAGGUUGGUAAAUGUUUAACAAUUAGCUCUCCAGAAGAAAAAGUAAAAUAUGCUCAACAUACUUUUAAGUUUCAUUUAGAUUAACAUUUUCCCUAUUACUUUUUCAAGUCUGUACAAUCAAUUCAAUAAUAAACCAAACCCCUAUUUGUAGCAUUUGCUGAUUUCUCAAUGGCUAAAGGUUCUCACUGAAAAUUUAACAAUUGACUCUCCUGACCAAAUUCAAGCUGACUAGCACAUCUUUGGUUUCACCCCAAGUCUGAGCAACAAGGAACAGACAAUAGAGUUUGUAGCUUCCCAAGUUAAUCCCAUCCUUGGGCCCCACCUCCUCUACCCCAGAAAUAACAGGAGGGGCCAGUCUGUCCCCUGAGUCUAGAUUUGCAUGGCAGGAAGAGGCCUAGUGGGGUGGGGAAUCCAGCCUGCCUAGCAAGCUGUAGCACUUCCCUCCAAGGAGCCACAGCCAUGGAGGUCAAGACCUGGGUCAAGAACAGAAUCAAUUUGACCAUGGUUGGGCUGGGACUGCCUACCAUCUCCAAAGAAGGGCUCGUGCUGCUUCUGUUACUUUCAGGUGAGAUGGUCCUGGGAGCCCAAACAAUUGAUGGUGUUGAUAUCCGUGAUUCCAGAGAGAGUUCAUGCAAAGGGAUCUCACAGCAUCCACGUUUUAUUGCCAAAAAGAGGGACAGCCGCUUUGAAGUGACCUGCCACUUAAACCAUGAUAGAGAAGUGAGCUGGCUGCUGAAGCAGGAGUCAGAUCCCGAUCCGCGGGUUCUAAAACUUGACAAUGAACGGCUGAAGAACUCUUGGAGUAACAACACUGCCACUCUCAUAAUCCAAAAAAUACAAUUUGAGGACAAUGGCAUCUAUUACUGUCAACAAGAGUGUGUGGAGAAUCCUAAAAAGAUGAACAAGGGCUGCGGCACUGAGCUCCGAGUCAUGGGGUACAGCACCGUGGCCCAGCUGAAGCGGAGGAACACUCUGAAAGAUGCCAUCAUUAUGAUCCAGACCUUACUCAUCAUUGUCUUCAUCACCGUCCCUAUUUUCCUGUUGUUAGAUAAGGAUGAUAGCAAAGUGGCCCUGGAGGAUGAUCACACUUAUGAGGGUCUGGAAAUUGACCAAACAGCUACUUAUGAGGACAUCGUGACACUUCGAACGGGAGAAGUAAAAUGGUCAGUGGGUGAGCACCCAGGCCAAGAGUGAAGGUUCCCCACCUGACAGUUCUUCCUUCGCUCCCCAUCCCUCCAUCAACCUCCUGGAGGCAGCUCAUCCAGCAAAUCAGCUUCAUGGACCUGCUCUGGUUUCCAACCUAUUACUCCUUUUCCUCUGCCCAUAACUGUCCUGCCUCCAAUCCCUCUCAAAUCACAACCAUCUCCAGAGGGGUAGAGACCUGUAGCGCUUAGUAGAGCACAGGUUUAGGGGAAUUUGUCUCCCUAAAACUCUGGGAAUUGGCUGGGGGAGAAGGAGAUAGAGUAGAGGGAGACACAGACUUGAUGGGGAGAAGGGAAGUAAAACAAAGGAAAACAGAUUUGGAGUCUGGUGAGGAAAAAUGGAAGGAAUCUGUAAAUCUGACUCAGAGUGAUCUAGGAGACCAGGUCACACUUGCCCCUACAGCACGGCUCCUCCAGCCCAAAGCAAGUAAGGACCAGGAUAGACUCUGAAACUCGGACGGCCAACUGACUCAAUCCAAAUUAGAGACUGUGGAGAUAUAUCCCCUUCUCCCAUCUCCAAGGGUUUGUUGGGCCCUUCCUGGUCUCCUGUGCAUAGCUUCUGAUGUAAUAAACUGUGUGUUUUGAGAAAACA